AUGGAAGAGAAAGAGAAGAAAACCAAGAAGAAGAAGAAGAAAGAUAGCAAAUCCUCGCCGGACAUCUCCUUCAAGCCUUCCUCCGACGUUAAAGGCCUCAAAUUCGGCGGCCAGAUAAUCGUCAAAUCAUUCACAAUCCGAAGAGCAAGAACACUCGAGCUCCUUAAACUCCUCUCUCUCCCUUCUUCAUCAUCGCCUCCUCUUCUUUCCACGGCGGCGUAUCUUCCGACCAACUUCACGAUCUUAGCUCACCACGCUUGGCACACACUAACCCUCGGGUUAGGCACGAGAAAAUCGAAAGUAGUGGUGUUCGUAUUCGAAUCGGAGGCGAUGAGAACGGCGGUGGCGGCGGAAGGAGGAAUCUGGCCGCCGGAGAUUCCGCUCGGAGACGUGAACAAGAAGAUGAUCAGAAGGCUAAAGAACUGGGAGAUGGCGAGGUUCAAGUUCAGGAAAGGAUGCAUCACGUUUUACGUAUACGCCGUGAGAAACGCCGGGAACGAAGGAUUCGCGGCGGCGGAGGACUUAAAGGUAAUUUUACAGGCGGUGGUGGCUUUAAAAGAUUUCAUGGAUCACACCGCAAUGCUCGUAAUGCCCCACCAGAAAGCUAUUAAUUACACUUCUUGCCCUCCUUUUGCCAUGGCUCACUAA